AUGGAAGAAAAUUUUCGGCCAGUGGCGAGUCCUGCGAUAACAGAGUUUCUAGCAAAUGAGUUGAUCCGGUUGAACUCGGGUACAUCUUCUUUGAUGGCUGAGAAUUCCGAAGAUUGUUUGCAUCAGUCACCGGAUAACCCUACAACAUGGACAAAUACGAAGCACAAUUUGUAUCUAGAUCAUUUGGAAGUGUCAUUUGUUAAACAGUUGCAACAAUCAAUGAGUUUGAUUGCAUCAAGCUCUGAGCAGAACAAGAGUGAGAAACAUCUAUCUCAAAAACGGCAUGCCGAUGUUCAUAUUUCUUCUGAUCAGUUAACUGUAAAUCAGGACGGCUGUUGGCAAAAUAUCAAUUACAAAAGGAGUCGGCCUCUUUUGCAUACUUCAGCUGGUACUCGUAGUCGUGAUGCUCUUAAGAAACCACGGGUAAAUUGGUUUGGAUGCAUGUGUAACCACUGCCCAGCUGAUUUGCAAGAAUGUCUGGGACUUCGUUGUACUGAGAAACACACAGCUGUGGAAGGGAUCAAAUCUCAGGGAUUGAAAACAUGUUCACACCAUCUUCUAGCCAGUGACAUAUACACUGAGUGUUCAGGUCAGAAUUUUGUGAAUGAAGACGGUGAAAAUAAUUCAAGCAAUGUAUCUCCAGACAAAAUGUUGAAGACAGAUUUAGCAGACGAUUCAACCCAUGAUCAAACCGCACCAUCUUGGAAAUGUCCUGUGACAGAUAAUUCCGCUAUCGAUGGAGGAGAAGCAUGA